AUGAUCCACCUGACUGGGGCAGACAAACACAAGCCUGUGCGGAUUCGAAUGCGGUUAAUCUGGGUAUCAGAACACACGCAUAAGCCGUGGAAAUUUGCUCGCCUUUACUUUGUUGAUGCUAGCGCUCAGGAAAGCCUCGAGGACAUGCUACAGGUCUUCCGUGAGCCCUACGAAGCCAAUUCUCAAGAGGUCGAUUCGCUGUUACUGACCGCCACGGUGUGGAGUGCGGAGAUCGACUCAGAGUUUCUUCCUCCCCCGGGGCAAAUCGUUUGCAUCAACGGCUACACCAACCUUAAGGCGUAUGGAGGAGCAAUUUGCCAGCUCACGACUCGAUUUAGCCAGCUAAGCUGGGAAGGUCAGGAAGAUUAA